GCGAGGGCGAAAACGCGACGUGGGGACCGCAGUUUUACCGCAUCAAGGCAAAUUCGUGUUGUGACGUCGUCGCGGAAACGGUAAAACGUAAUCUAGCGUCGUCUAGCGACAAAUCAAGGAGCCAAUAGCAGUAAUCGCCGAAAAAAGUCGGCAACACUGCACGAUGUCAACGUGCUGUUCAUGGUAGGAUCGCGUAGUAAACAGAGGCAGAGGUGCGAGUGGAGCUCAUUACUACUGAAGAAAUCUAGGCACAUUUCACAAGGAAUCGCUGUUCGUCGAAUGAAGCUUUACCGACGAGAAAAUAAUAUGGAUACGUUUAGAUGGAUUAUGCUGCUGGUUUACAAAUCUAGGACAACGUGAUCUCGAGGAACAAUAAAUCAGCUAUUUUUCAUCCAUGGUGGUUGCAAGUUGUAAAGCGAUGGAUGGUAUCGGGAACACAAUGCAGAAGAAGGCUGCGGAGCUCGAGCGCAUGGCCGAGGUUCUCGUUACCGGAGAGCAGUUGAGGCUGCGUCUCCAUGAAGGGAAGGUGGUUAAGGACCGCAGGCAUCACCUGAGGACGUAUCCCAACUGCUUUGUGGCCAAGGAGCUGAUCGACUGGCUGCUGGAGCACAAGGAGGCGUCAGACAGAGACACGGCCAUCAGGAUCAUGCAGAAACUCCUGGAUCAGAGCAUCAUUCAUCACGUUUGUGACGAGCACAAGGAGUUCAAAGACAUGAAGCUGUUCUAUCGCUUCAGGAAAGAUGACGGGACGUUUCCUCUGGACAACGAAGCCAAGGUCUUCAUGAGGGGACAACGGAUAUAUGAAAAGCUCAUGAUGAACACAGAGACGUCCAUCCUAGCGACUCGGGAAGAAGAGGGUGAGACGUUUGAACGGACGCUGGUGGCCUCCGAGCUUGUUGAUUGGCUGCUGGCGGAGGGAGAGAUGGCGACCCGAGAGGAGGCGGAGCAUCUUGGACGGAGGCUUCUAGAACACGGGAUCAUGCAGCACGUGACCAACAAGCAGCACUUUGUGGAUGGAGGGCUGCUGUACCAGUUCAGACUGAACUUCAGAAGGAGACGGCGUCUGAUGGAGCUGCUGAACGAGCGCUGCCGUACCAUCCCAGAGAGCCACGACAGCCCCUUCUGUCUCCGCAAACAGAACCCAGAGGGAGGCAACACCAGCUUCCUGUCUGUGAGUCCUACUAAAGAGAUGAAGAUGAUAGUGGGUAUCCGUCGUAGCAGCAUGAGCAGCAGCUGUGGCAGCAGUGGUUACUAUAGCAGCAGUCCCACCCUCAGUAGCAGCCCCCCGGUGCUCUGUAACCCAAAGUCAGUGUUGAAGAGGCAAGUGAGUCCUGAGGAGCUGCAGACCCCAGGAGGCCCUUACAUAAAGAAGACAUUCACAAUCGUGGGGGACGCGGUGGGCUGGGGCUUCGUGGUGCGGGGCAGUAAGCCCUGCCACAUCCAGGCUGUCGACCCCAGUGGUCCCGCAGCUGCAGCUGGGAUGAAGGUGUGCCAGUUUGUGGUCUCGGUCAACGGGCUUAACGUGCUGUCUCUGGACUACAGGACAGUCAGUAACCUCAUCCUGACCGGGCCCAGGACCGUUGUCAUGGAAGUCAUGGAGGAAGCAGAUUACUGAAGAGGCAGGCUAUCACGUGGCAGGGGGCGUGGCUGAGCAGAGUAGACCCAAGGCAGACCCUAAAGACACCAUGGAGAUAGACGUGCCUUUAUGGAACUCUAUGAAAACUCUCUCUGGGCUUCUAACUCUAUGGAAAACUCUCUCUAGGCUUCUAACUCUUUGGGAAACUCUCUGGGCUUCUAACUCUGUGGGAAACUCUCUCUGGGCUUCUAACUCUUUGGGAAACUCUCUGGGCUUCUAACUCUGUGGGAAACUCUCUGGGCUUCUAACUCUGUGGGAAACUCUCUGGGCUUCUAACUCUAUGGGAAACUCUCUCUGGGCUUCUAACUCUUUGGAAAACUCUCUCUGGACUUCUAACUCUAUGGGAAACUCUCUCUGGGCUUCUAACUCUUUGGAAAACUCUCUCUAGGCUUCUAACUCUUUGGAAAACUCUCUCUAGGCUUCUAACUCUUU